UCUGCGCUCCGAGUUUUGCAGCUGCGCUGGGACGUCGCUGGCGGAAAGUUUCUUCUUGUUUCUUUUUCUCUGCAACAUUUUGUUGGCUUCCGAACUCCUGUCUCCCCACUUCCCCUUUUUCUGUCCCUCGCCUCCUUUGCAAAUCCUCUUUUUUUUUUUUUCUUUUCUCUUUGGAAAGCAGGAAACUAUAGGGCAUUUGCUCCUUCUCUACCCACCCCAUUGCCGUGAGCCCAGGAAGAGUUUUAUAGCUGGAAAUUUUCUUUUCUCUUCUCCUGGACGUGGGAGGAAGAGACCCCGUCCAGGAAACACGUCCCGGUGCCAUUCUGGCGGGGCUUCUCCUUCUCCUCCUCCUCCUCCUCCCCCCCCACUGGCCUCUGCCAGGGGGGCUUGUUGAUUGAUUCUGCGCCCCAUCCUCCCACGAUCCCGAGUGUUUGGCUACGGGACACAGAGUCACCACGCAGCUGACGAAGCGAAAGGACAAACUCUGAGCUUGGUGGUUUCCCUGCAGGAAAGAAAGCUUUGCUACUGGAAAGUUCAUCAGCGCGUCGGAUCAGCUGCCGUGUCACAAUGGAUGUUGGACUCAAGAUGGGCCCUUGGCCUGAGCAACUUCUGAAUGCCGCUCAGAACAACAGGCACAACUCAGAACCCUGGCCUUGGUCCAGCAAAAACGAAUAAUGCAUGAAUCUGGUUGAUGUGCAGAUGAGGGCAGCUAUUAUUACUGAAGGUCUUAACAGUGCAAGUGCACCAAGUCAAGAGCGGGACACAGACCUAAUGACGAUACAACCAUGGAUGAGGAAGAAGUUCUUAAUUCUAUUAUGAAGGAUCUUGCCGCCCUUGGCAAAUGCGGUGGAUUUUUGGACAGCAACAGGAAUAAGAAUCAUUCGAACAAACAGUUGCGGAAUGCCAGGAUCAAGUUUGAGCAUGAUGGAGAAAAAAGGAUUAUCCAGUUCCAGAGGCCGGUUAAGUACAAAGAUGUUUUGCAGAAAGUCAUGGAUGCUUUCGGGCAGUUGAUGGAUUUGCAUUAUGCUGAGAAUGAGCUCCUGAUUCCCCUGAAAUCGCAGGAAGAUUUGGACCGAGCGGUGGAACAUUUAGACCUAAGCCCUUCUCUGAAAAGCUUGAGGGUGUUUGUGAAAACUCCAAAGGAAACAAAUCUUCCGCAACCCAACAACACCAAGCAGCAUGAAAUGAGGAUAUCUAAAUCCAUGGGAGACAUCCUGGGAUCUCUGUAUAAAGACAUCGAGAGAACACGGAAGCAUUCAACAGAUGUUUCAUUACUAAACUUGGGAACAUCAUGUGCCACAGCCUUGAGAAAUACUGGAAUUGAGGACCACCUGCAUACCGGGCAACGAAACCCUCCUAUUCUCAGUUUUUUGUUUGUUUGUUUCUGCCUUUAUUGCUUCCCCCAAGGCCGCAGAACGUUCCCCAGAAGCUACGCCCCUCCCGAGAACCUGUUUCAGCUUCUGCCUUCCAGCCGAACCAAGAGCUACAAUGGAGACAGUAAGCUGAUCACCAUGCGGUACGAGGAACGGGGCAACAACAAGCGCUGGCACAAUUGUGACAAGAUCUUUGAAGACUUCAGUUCUCCUUCUCCCAAGGCCAGGAGCACCCUGCAGGCCCCUGUGAAUUGGAGGCUGGGGAAGCUGUUGGGCCGAGGAGCUUUCGGAGAAGUCUACCUGUGCUAUGAUGUGGACAGUGGACGAGAGCUCUCCGUGAAGCAGGUGCCUUUUGACCCAGACAGCCAAGAGACCAGCAAGGAAGUGAAUGCCUUAGAAUGUGAGAUCCAGCUCCUUAAAACGCUCCGUCAUGAGAGGAUAGUACAAUAUUACGGCUGUCUCCGCGAUCCGGAAGAGAGGAAACUGUCCAUCUUUGUGGAAUAUAUGCCUGGGGGUUCAAUCAAAGACCAACUAAAGGCCUACGGUGCCUUGACAGAGAAUGUGACUCGUAAAUACACCAGGCAGAUCUUACAAGGAGUUUCCUACCUCCAUAGCAACAUGAUUGUACACAGGGAUAUUAAAGGUGCCAACAUUUUGAGAGAUUCUGUGGGGAACGUGAAACUUGGGGACUUCGGGGCCAGCAAACGCAUUCAGACGAUCUGCAUGUCUGGAACAGGGAUAAAAUCAGUCACAGGGACUCCCUACUGGAUGAGCCCAGAGGUGAUCAGCGGAGAAGGUUAUGGAAGGAAGGCUGACGUGUGGAGCCUGGGCUGUACUGUGGUAGAAAUGCUGAAUGAAAAGCCACCGUGGGCAGAAUAUGAAGCUAUGGCUGCCAUCUUCAAGAUCGCGACCCAGCCAACCAAGCCUCAGCUUCCCGACGGGGUUUCUGAGUACUGCCGCAACUUUCUCAAGCUGAUCUUUGUCGAAGAGAAGCGCAGGCCCACCGCAGAAGACCUUUUGAGGCAUCCCUUCGUCAACUUCAGCCUCUAGCAGGGGCUCCUGCUGGAAGAGAAGGAAGAAACCAAAGAGUUCACCCCUUUAAAGAAAAGGAGUGGAUGAAAGUCAACCUCACUUGGGUUGCUUCUCCCUGGGGCUGUGUAGUUUUCUUAUCAGGCCUCCUUGGCUGAACCUUGUGGUGCCUUUAGGCUGAACCCCUCUCUUUCUUGAUCCUUCUGGAUGAUCAACGAGAAGGAGGUUUUUGGCAAACCAUUGGUGCCAUUCAUAAAGCUAUUUGUGCCUUUGUGAAUAUUGGCAGAUUCUCUGCUUAGGUAGCUUUGAGAAUUGAAUGGGUUGGAUCAGCCACUAAGGAACAAGAUGAAGGAAUUUGGUAGAUUUUUUUUUUUUUGACUAGAACACUUGAGUAAAACUGCUUUUCGGAACCAGCUUAGCUGUUCUCUGCCAAUAGAUAGCUUUGAAAGGGGAGCUUACAGGAUGCUUUGAAAAAGGAAAAGCUGCGAUUCAUAGAAUCGCUUACAAAAUAAUCACCCUGAAUAAAAAAAAAAGCUAGAGAAAUUCAGGAGCAUAGAGGGCUUCUCCAAACCUUUGAGCCUAAAAGGUAAGGAAAAAAGUUACAUUCCAAUCACAUGUUAAAUAUUUUGCAGAGGGCAGUUGUCUGCUGUGGCUAAAUUUCAUGGCUUAUGUUUUAGGUUUCUUCUAAAAUCACAAAGUUGUUAAACGAUGGCAGAGCUGUUCCUUGCUUCACCCAACCAUUGUUGCAAAAGGAUAAAUUAAAUAUCCUCAGUCUUGCGGUCUGAGGGUAUCACCCAAAGCUCUUCCACCAAAUAGCCUUCAACAAUUAUUUAAGUAUAAGAUAUUGGCAUUACCUUUAUUAAUGGGUUGGGUGAAGAGAUGGAUUCUGUUGCUGAAUGAAAAGUUGCUCUUUCCCGCAAACUAAUUUGUGAUCAACUUAUUUAUUUAUUUAUUUUUAAACAAAGUAGACACUUAACUAAAAACAACAACAAUAACAAAAACAUUUUCCAGGGCAGAAUAGUUUUCCCGGCUGGGUUAGCUGAAUGCAUUGCAAAAAAAAAAAAAGACCAUUUAUCUCAGCUUGAUGAAUGAAAGAACUGUUCGAUCUAACAAUGACAACUGCCUCAGUUUAAUUCAAUGAAAGAAGCUUACCAAAUAGCCCCCAAAUCCCAUUCAGAUCAAACAUACAAAUACUGUAGAACAGUGGAAAGGACGGAAUAAGCCAGAUUAAAAUGUUUUCAGCCUUGGAAGAGAUAAUUUUCCAUGUGGACAAGUAAGCUUUCAAGGCAAAAAAGAGAUCAGAUACAUAAAGGAAAAUAGGUUUGGGUCAGUGCUAAAAGAAAGCACUAUAUAGGUAGGCUUCAACUUACAACUAUACUUCAGACUGGAAUUUCCAUUGUAUGUUGGUGCGGUCAUAAAACAAGUCAUUACAUAACUGGGUCAUUUUUACCACGAUCACUAAGCAAAUAUAUCUUCUCCAACUGAUUUUUUAUGUGUGUCAGAAACCAGCUGGGUAGAUCUCAAAUCUUAGAGAUUGCAGGUCUUCAGCCAUCUUGCCAAAAAUCUGAAUAGUGAUUAUGAAACUGCAAAGUAGUAAGUGGAAAAACAGGUCAUAAAUCACUUUUUUCCUGGGUAUUAUAACUUUGGUUAAACGAAUGGUUAUAAGUCAAGGACUUCCUGUACAAGGCUACUAACCAACCAGCGCCAAAUCAUUCUCUGCCAAUUUUUUCUUGAUUCGUGUUGCAAAUUGCUGGUUCAAAUAUUUCUCAGAAAGUUAAA